AUGCCAUUGAUCACAGUAUGUGGCUAUCCAUGUUCCGGCAAAUCGUCGGUUGUCGCUGCCCUGGUUCAUGCGUUGCAGUUGGCAAAAAUUUCAGAGGAAAUUGUUGCACUCCCCGAACCCCUGCCGGCUUCCACCGAUGACGACCCCAGAGUGCGGAUAUAUGCAGACUCAGUAAAAGAACGUGAAUUACGUGGUCAGCACAAGUCAGAGGUUGAACGGUUCUUAUCUGGUGGAUCAGAUGCUGUUGGUGGUGACGUGCGAAAUCCAAUUGUUAUCAUGGACGCCUGUAAUUAUAUCAAGGGUUAUCGAUACGAGCUAUACUGUUUGGCAAAAUCGUUGAAGCAUCAACAAGCUGUACUUUUUUGUGAUACCCCUCCGGAAACAGUCGCUGAGUGGAACGAAAAGGCCCACCGUUACCCUCCGGAGCUCUUGUCGGAUAUGAUCUCACGUUUUGAAGCACCACAAGCGUCUCAGCGUUGGGAUAGUCCGUUGCUUGUGAUUAAACCUCACCUUUGGCAAAGUGCUGAUCAGAUUGACGUGACCUCUGUCGUCAUGGAUUUAAAGAGUGUGUUUUCCCCAAGCAAUCCGACUGUCCAACCGAACCGUUCCACACUCAGGUCUGCACCUGUCCCUACCGAUUUCCUUCAAACUCUAGAAAGCGUCACGCAAUCUGUGGUGGACCACAUCCUACAAUCCCAGGCAAUGAAAUCGCCCGUUAUCGGUUUGCCGCCAUCCAUUGCACGCGGCACAACGAACUCGGGUCCGCAGAUCAACCUCGCCCACCGCCCCGUCGGAUACAGUCUUCCUGAGUUGGCCCGGUUCAAGCGGCGCUAUAUCGGAAUGCAAAAGAACAAAAUAUCAGACCCUACUACUGCACAAGAUUUCCCAAACGCCACAGUAAUCGCGGCAGAAUUUAUGAAUUUCAUUGCCUGCUCUAGCGGUUGCCCGUGA